GUGGGAACUAAAAUAACCCUCCCCAUUGACGUGAAUUUGAACAAGUGACAUCUGAAAAUCAUUUUUCCAUGCCAUUAAUCUCCCAUAAUGCCGAAAUUGAAGCAAAUCGAGAAAUGCAAACAUCCCAACAGCAGACGAACAAAAGCCUUGGUCAAACGUCUUAAAAAGCAAACCGCUCGGGACAAAUCGAAAUUGUCGGGAUUGUUGAAGCAAAAUCUCCUCGGCGAGAAACUAUUAUGGUUUCGCGACAAUUUGCCAGAUAAAGAAGUUUGUUCGGCUGGGGAUAUCGAGUUGGCAAUUUUACAAUAUCUCGCGCGAUUCGACGCAGAAUUGGAGCAAAUAAAAAUUAAACAUUCGAUUGGGCAAAGAAGAAACAGACAGCACGCAAGCAGAGAGGACAUUAUAAAUAUGACGAUAAAGAAUGAGCGGGAGGAGUUCAAGACUUGCGGCAUCGAGUUGCCAGAUUUGCUGAGUAGCCUUCAAUUUCGCAUGCUGAAAGAAUGGACCGGAGAACUGAGAUUUCUACAAAACUUCAAGCUUAGACGUUUCAAUAUGAAUAACCUCAAAGAUUGGAAGAACAAAAAUGACAAAAUGUCCAACUGAUCAGUGCUUAUUGUUAUCGACGGAGUUUAAUUUCAAUAAAAAUCUUUUGUUUUAUUUUAAUAA